AUGCUAAGUAAAGGAGUAUUACUAUCUGCUGCAGUCCUGCUAUUGAUUACAAGAACUAAUGCUAUAAAGCUUAAAAGUCUCAAUCAAGUCCAUGAUUAAAAUGCUACUGCUUUUCCCGCUCCAGGAGCUUCUGAACCAGUAGAGGAGGAAAGUAAACCAGAAAGACUUCAAUUGACUGAAGAGUAAAUAGAGGACUACAGAAAAGAGUGUGGUGGCUUCAUAGAUAGAUGGCUGGAAAAAGGUCUUUGCUCUGAGGAACUCGAAAAGAAUACAGAGAAGAUUUCAGAAAACUUGGCUCAGGUAUCAGAUCCUUAUGAUGGACAAUAAUAAGGUUUAGAUGAAAAUGAAUCACGCUCUGGUGAUGAAGGUUCAGAUAACGAAGAGUCAGAAAGCAAAUAAUUCCCCAAUAACGGAGGAGUAAAUUGA